AUGGGAAACGCAGACUCCAAACUUCGUUUCAGAAAAGCGGUGAUACAACUCACGACCAAAACACAGCCUGUAGAGGCCACAGACGAUGCCUUCUGGGACCAGUUCUGGGCCGACAAGGCCACUACUGUCCAGGACGUUUUCGCUCUGGUGCCUGCGGCCGAGAUUCGAGCUGUAAGAGAGGAAUCCCCAUCUAACCUGGCCACCCUGUGCUAUAAGGCAGUGGAGAAGCUCGUCCAGGCAGCGGACUGCGGCUGUCCCUCGGAGAAGGAGAGGCAGGUCGUCCUGAACUGCACCCGCCUCCUCACCCGCAUUCUGCCCUACAUCUUCGAGGAUGCCGACUGGAGAGGCUUCUUCUGGUCCACCGUGCCCGGCGCCGGCAGAGCUCGGCGUUUGGAUGGAGGUGAUGAUAAUGAGGCGAGGCCCCUGGCUGAAUCCCUCCUGCUGGCCGUUGCUGACUUGCUCUUCUGUCCAGAUUUCACCGUUCAGAGCCACAAGAAGGAUGGCCCGGACUCGGCCGAGGACAUGCACACUAUAGACAGCUGUGAGUACAUCUGGGAGGCCGGGGUGGGCUUCGCACAGUCCCCUCCACUCAACUACGUCCAUGACAUCAAUAGGACAGAGCUGCUGAAGUUGGUCCUCACCUGUUUCUCAGAAGCGAUGUACAUACAACCUUCCUCUGAUCGUAAAAAUCUCAAUCCCUGGGUCACCUUCUUUUGCUCUGCCGACAACAGACAUGCCCUGCCCCUGUUUACCUCCCUGCUCAACAUAGUGUGUGCCUAUGACCCGGUGGGCUAUGGCAUACCUUACAACCACCUGCUGUUCUCAGACUACCGGGAGCAGCUGGUGGAGCAGGCUGUCCAGAUCCUUAUCAUUACCCUGGAACAUGAGGCUGGGUCGGCCACCAGUGUAGCUCUCCAGGACCUGGAGCCACUGGCAUCCCCCUCGGCCAUGGAGGACCAGGAGUCUGCUGGACCUGAUAAUCUUUUUGUGGAUUACCUAUCCAGGAUACAUAGAGAGGAGGAUUUUGGCUUCAUCCUGAGAGGUCUGGCAAGGCUUCUUAACAACCCCCUGGUGCAGACCUAUCUGCCCCAUUCUACCAAGAAGAUCCAGUUUCACCAGGAGCUUCUGAUUCUCUUCUGGAAACUCUGUGACUUCAACAAGAAAUUUCUAUUUUUUGUGCUGAAGAGCAGCGAUGUGUUGGACAUGCUGGUUCCCAUCCUGUUCUACUUGAACGAUGCCAGGGCCGAUCACACUCGUAUGGGUCUCAUGCACAUAGGUGUGUUCAUCCUGCUGCUCUUAAGCGGAGAGAGGAACUUUGGUGUUCGUCUGAACAAGCCGUACAUGGUCCACGUCCCGAUGGACAUACCUGUAUUCACCGGCACCCAUGCUGACCUGCUCAUUCUGAUCUUCCAUAAAAUCAUCACCAGUGGGCACCAGAGCCUACAGCCCCUCUUCGACUGCCUGCUGACAAUAACAGUGAAUGUUUCACCUUAUCUGAAGAGCUUGUCUAUGGUGGCUGCCAACAAACUGCUUCACCUGCUGGAGGCCUUCUCCUCCUCCUCAUACCUCUUCUCCUCCUCCCAAAACCACCACCUGGUCUUCUUCCUGCUCGAGGUUUUCAACAACAUCAUCCAAUAUCAGUUUGAUGGCAACUACAACCUGGUGUAUGCCAUCAUACGCAAGCGAAACAUCUUCCACCAGCUGGCCAACCUGCCGACCAACACGGCAUCCAUUCAGAAAGCUUUGGAGAGGAAAAAAAAGCGUAUGGUCAGCAUUUCCAGGACCAACUCUAUGGAGACUGAGGCCAUGGAGGGCUCUACUCCAGCAGUGCCUGCUGAGCCGGGCACGCUCAAAGCCAGCCUCGAGGCCACCCCAGGGAUUGACAAGCUAACGGAGAAGUCCCAGGUGUCCGUAGAAGGCACCGUGUUUGAGCCACAACACACACACUCUCCACAGGCGGCCGGUGACAGUGGUGUCGCAGCAAUCAGUCGACAGUCAAGUGUGUCAUCAUCAGCCAAAACGUGGAGUCCCACUCCAGAAUGGGUGCUCUCAUGGAAAACUAAGCUGCCUUUGCAGACCAUCAUGCGGCUGCUGCAAGUGCUGGUUCCUCAGGUGGAGAAAAUCUGCAUAGACAAGGGUUUGACAGAUGAGUCAGAAAUCCUGAAAUUCCUCCAGCAUGGCACCCUUGUGGGCCUGUUGCCCGUCCCUCAUCCAAUCCUCAUCAGGAAGUAUCAAGCCAACGCUAGCACUGCUUUGUGGUUCCACACCUACAUGUGGGGCGUCAUUUACCUUCGAAAUGUGGACCCCCCUAUCUGGUACGACACGGAUGUGAGACUGUUUGAGAUUCAGAGGAUUUAGAGGAGGAGCUGCAGUUGAUGGUCCUCACUUGACUUGUUGGUGUUCAAGCUGCCUGUCUCCACAUACACCCACCAGCUGGACCCUCCACCACCUCCCUUGUAACUGAAUGGAGAUCGGUGUCAAGGCGUCACACAUGUUUUGCCUUUUAAUUUUUUUAACAAAACAAGCAGUUGAAGCUCUUUUAUGUUUCAGUUGUCCUGCCAGCCUGCCUGGUUUCAAGAACGACCCUCGCAGAUUUGUGAAGAGAGCUCACGACCCGUGACCAGGUUUUAACGCUGUGUGUUUUGUCCACCAGGAGCAAACACCAGAUAACACAUUUUUACACACAAAAAAAGUAAAACAUUUAUCAAAUGAUAAUUUUUUUUCCGUUUUGCCAAAAGUACAUUUGUUUCGCCACAGUGUUUAAAGGAUAAUUUCCCCUUCUCACAGCAAACAAACUCUUAACUUUAAAGAUAAAAGGUGUUAUAUUUGGUUAGAUUAAGAUUUUGAGUAGAUUUUGAGAUGAAGAGUAUUGUUGCAUAUUAUUACGUGAACGUGUGGAUAUAAAAUUACUGAAAUAUACAUAUCCAAAAUAAAUCAUUCAUAAA